UUACCCAGUGGGCUUGGCCGGGGAUGGUACAGCACCCGGGCUGCCCCCGAACCCCUGUGCCUGGGGCAGCGUGAUCACGGCUGGUGCUGUGAGGGGGACCAGAGCCAACCAAGAGCCAGGACUUCCAAGGAGGACCCCCAAAAUGGUAUCGGCCCUGCAUUGCCAGGCCUGGGCCCCCUGACCCCUUCCCCACCAUGGGGCGGCUGGGCCUGUGAGCACACCGCCCUCUUGGGCCGCGGGCACCGAGGAGGAACCGAGGAUCGGCAGUUGUCAUGGCCCAUGACGCGGCGGCUGCAGGUCCCAUUGUCACCGAGAGGUUGGUGGCCCUGCUGGAGAGCGGGGCGGAGAAGGUGCUGCUGAUCGACAGCCGGCCGUUCGUGGAGUAUAACACCUCCCACAUCCUGGACGCCAUCAAUGUCAACUGCUCCAAGCUCAUGAAGCGCCGGCUGCAGCAGGACAAAGUGCUGAUCACCGAGCUCAUCCAACACUCGGCCAAGCACAAGGUGGACAUCGAGGGCACCCAGACGGUGGUAGUCUACGACCAGAGCUCCCAGGACAUGGCAUCCCUGUCGUCCGACUGCUUUCUCACUGUGCUGCUGGGGAAACUGGAGAGGAGCUUCCGUUCUGUUCACCUGCUCGCAGGUGGGUUCGCCGAGUUCUCGCGUUGCUUCCCGGGCCUCUGUGAAGGGAAGGCCACCCUGGUGCCCACCUGCAUCUCUCAGCCAUGUCUCCCUGUCGCCAACACCGGGCCGACCCGAAUCCUUCCCAACCUUUACCUGGGCUGCCAGCUGGACGUCCUCAACAAGGAGCUUAUGCUGCAACACGGGAUUGGCUACGUGCUGAACGCCAGCAACAGCUGCCCGAAGCCAGACUUCAUCCCCGAGUCCCACUUCCUGCGCGUGCCUGUGAGCGACAGCUUCGGCGAGCGGAUCCUGCCGUGGCUGGACGCAUCCGUGGACUUCAUUGAGAAAGCAAAGGCCUGCAACGGCUGCGUGCUGGUGCACUGCCUGGCCGGCAUCUCCCGCUCCGCCACCAUCGCCAUCGCCUACAUCAUGAAGCGGAUGGAUAUGCCCCUGGACGAGGCCUACAGGUUUGUGAAGGAGAAAAGGCCGACCAUCUCUCCGAACUUUAACUUCCUGGGCCAGCUGCUGGACUACGAGAAGAAGAUCAAGACGCAGCCUGGCGCGGGGCCAAAGGGCAAACUGAAGCUCCUGCACCUGGAGAAGCCGCUGGAGCCCGCGGCGGCCGCCCCAGAGAGUGGACACGGGGCCGAGCCACCCCGCAGCGGCCCCUGGGCCCUCAGUUCUGCCUUGGAGGCCCGGCCGAGGCCUGCGGCCCCCACGGCCACCACGGCCAGCGCACUGGUGGAGGCCGGGCCCCUGGCGCAGGCCCUUGGGGGCCUCCAGCUGGCCCCGGAGCCAGAGGACAGCCAGCGGCUCAAACGCUCCUUCUCGCUGGACAUCAAGUCCGUGUCCUGCUCGACAGGCGCGAUCGCGCGUGAGGACACAGCGGAUGCAUACAAGCCGGCUGCCACGCUCGACGGUCCCGCCAAGCACAGCCAUUUCUCACCCGUGCGAGAGGUGUCAGAGCAGACGCCAGAGAGCAGCCCCGACGGGGAGCCGCCGCAGCCCCCGCAGGCCCCGGCCAGCCAGGGCCAGCGCCAGCACCCCACGAGGACAGGGGUGCCCCCCCGGCUGCCCUUCACACCGCUGCAGCGGAGCGGCAGCGUGGAGGACACUGGCCGCGCUGGCUUCCUCCUCGGCCUGUCCACCAGCCAGCAGCACCUGGCCAAGUCUGCCGCAGGGCUGGGCCUCAAGGGCUGGCAUUCAGACACACUGGCCCCGCAGGCCGCGGCCCCCACGCUGGCCGGCGGCUGGUACUUCGCCACCGAGCCCCCGCACUUCUAUGCGGCCUCGGCCAUGUAUGGCGCCAGGGCCAGCUACUCGGCCUACAGCUGCAGCCAGCUGCCCACGGGCGAGCACGGCGGCUCGGUGCGCAGACGGCCGCGGCCCAGCGAGCGCGGAGACUCGCGGCGCAGCUGGCAUGAAGAGAGCCCCUUCGAGAAGCAGCUGAAGCGCAGGAGCUGCCAGAUGGAGUUCGGGGAGGGCCUGGUGGCCGACAGCCGCUCGCGGGAGGAGCUGGGCACAGUGGGCAGCCAGUCCAGCUUCUCGGGCAGCAUGGAGGUCAUCGAAGUGUCCUGAGGGUCUCCGCCGGCUCCCCAAUGCGUUCCCUGCACAGCCGAAGUCUGCACAGCCAUGGCUGUUUCUGGAAGGUGGAGCCAUGGUAGGAGAGGCCGGUGGGGCCAGGGCAGAAGCCGGAGCCCACACCCCUGCAGAAGCAGCCCACCGACCCCACGCCCUGCCCACGGAGACUACCUUCAGUCAUGGCCCGGCUCCUCCGGCGGAGGCCGAGCCAGCCCCGGAGCCAGUGAAGGCAGAAGCCAGGGGUGAGUCCAUGAGAGACCAUCCUGUCCCAGGCUGGCCUCCCCAGAUCUAAGCCAGUACCACCUCAUGCCACGGCCCCACCGAUGGCACAGAAUCCCCGCCGCCCAUGGCCUGUCCUCCAUCCCCCAGGCCUCUGCACCGAGGCUGGGACAGGUUGGAGGCCUGGCGUGGACGUGGAGCACAGGUUGCAGGGCCUCUCGACUCAGCUGAGCAUCUUCCACUUGAUCCGUGGUGCAAAUGUAUCAAGGCGGAAUCUUCUAGGAAAUGACUUAGUGAGAAAAAGCCGGGGAGAUGGAGGCAGCGUCAGAUGCCCAGCCGGGCACCGAGGCUCCUCCGCACCAGCUCCUGGGUUGGUCUGAAAAGCGGUGGGCUCUGACUUAGGACCUGGUGGUGGGGCCUCUGUGCUCAAGAAUGAUGCUGAGUGGGGUAAAGUGAGGCAGAGGAGACCCGGUCGCGCCCUGCGGAGCUGUGUCUGGAGUGGGUCAGACACAUCGGGAAGGCUGCAUCCUCCCCCUUGGUACCACACGUGGCCUUCGCCAGCCCCAGGCAAACCCUGCCGCGUCACCUGCCGCUCCUGGGCAUGGUCCUUGUGGGGCCACCCAUGACCACAGCGGAGCGUGGGUGGGACGUGUGGGAGCUGCGCUGUGCGUUUCUCAUGUGAUGUCUUGUCUGUUAAUAUGAAAUAAAGUCAGAACUGUGCCUGUGUACACGCAGGUGCGGGCGUGUCUGCGGG